AUGAUUGAAGUCGACAGCCUGACCUUGACGGAAAAAAUUGAGCAGGCGGAGGAGGUGCAGACCGAGACUGGUGUUAUAUGCCGGCGGAUUGUUCGACUACUUCAGGAUCAGACCCCAACUCCGGGAUGCAUAAAACAUGUGCGGCGAGCGGCGAAUGUCUGUGCGCAUAUUUUGGCUCACAAUGGGACUAGUUGGGAUAGUAGAGAAGUGUGGUGUGAUAAUCCACCUUUGUUUCUUGUCGAUCAGCUUCGGCUGGAUAAUGUAACCUUUACUCCGAAUUAA